UUUAGCACUAGUGCUAAAAGUAAUUACUUUUAACACCAGUGUCAUAAAAUGGCAUUUUAGACAUUGACAGCAUCCGUUAAAAAUAACACUUUUAGUGACGUUUGUAGAAAAACAUAAUUAAGAGGUUUUGACAGUAAACAGCAAACAAAGGAAUAGUUAAAGGCUCAGUUAAAGCAACUUCAAAUGUUAUUUUUGUCAUCUUCCUGGAAAUGGAGUUGGACCUCAGAGUAGUUGGACCAUGUAAGUGGGAAUUAGACGGAAGAUCUCCUAAACCAGAAAAGCUCUCAAGUAAUAGUCAUAGUCCAGUUAAAAAUCAAGCAAUAUUAGCUGUAAAAUCCACUGUACCAACUACUACAAAUGAUGCAGAAAAUUGGUAUCAAGACAAUGGUGCAACCAAUCACAUUUGUAAUAGAAGAGAUGUCUAUGAAAGCUUUGAAUCAUUUACAAUGUUGACAUUAACAGCCUCAACAUGCAUAAUAGACAGGUUUUUUUUUUAGAUUUUGUCAAUAUUCAAAUAGGAACAUAGUAAAUUGUGAUUAUUAUCAAUUAGCCUUGGACGCUGGUUUUGACCAUUUAACAAGUUGUUAACAGAAGGUGCGAUUUUUGUUAUCUAAUCUAAGUACAAAGUUAAAAAUAUCCUUAAUUAUUUAAAUUGUGAGUUUUGUAUUUUUUGUGCCAACAACAACUCAUACUUGCGCUCUAGCUAUUUGUGUAGGUAAACCAUUUUGAAUUUUGUGCAGUUUUCCCUCGAGUUUUCCUUCCGGAUUUAUCCAACAAAGGUAAAUAUAUCGGGUUAUUUUUAUACUUACUUGCACGUUGACGUCUCUAAUUUCGUCGGAUACGUUUGUAGUUUUCUUCACAUCGCCUCCGAAGGAUUUUAUUGCGUUAUUAUCCGCUGAAAAUUUGUAUUGUUCAUGUUCAAUAGAACAUUUUGUUUUUGUUUCUUACCCGUUUGGAUGUUGUUCGCCAAGAAAAAAAUGAACCCAUCCAAUAACAAUAUUUUAGUGACGGGAUUCGGGCCGUUCGGUGAACACACGAUAAACGCUAGCUGGGAAGCCGUUUCAAUUCUACCGGACAAAAUCGCCCAGUACAAUAUAAUUAAAAAACAAAUUCCGGUGUCGUACAAGCACGUCGAAGAAAAUGUACCGCUCUUGUGGGACUUACACAAUCCGAAGUUAGUUAUCCACGUAGGAGUAUCCUCCGUGGCGACAGAAAUCCAACUGGAAACUUGUGCCAAUAAAACUGGCUACGCACGAACCGACAUUGACGAUUCUUGUCCUGCAAAAGGACAAGCGUUUUGCAACGAAUCCUCCAACAGCGAAUGCCUAAAAACUAAUUUGAACACUCAAACUAUUUGCGACAGGCUUAACCAACACCCACAGUUGAAGGCUAGUACAUCAAGCGAUUCAGGAAGAUACUUGUGGGAAUUCAUCUACUACGUCUCCCUGAAUCAAAACAAUAAAAAUACUUUGUUUGUCCACGUUCCUCCGCUGGAUCAACCAUUUAGCAAAAGCCAGCUAGCCAAUGCGUUGGAAAUAAUCAUUAAAUGCGCCUUAGAAUUGAUUGAGGAGGAAGAUGAUAGUUGUACAUGCAAGGAGCUUCCAAGAAUUUAUAAGAAUGGUAGAGCUGCUGCUUUUUAGACGUUUCACUGUUUAUACUUAUUAUACACAAAUUAAUAUGCGUUUUUGAAAAAUUUUAUAGAGUGUUACCUUAUAUUAUUUUAUUAUUAUUAUUACCAUAGGAAGUACCUAAAUACAAAAAAUAUUUUGAUAAUAUAAAUUUAGUAUGUAUUUGUAAUAGCUAUUUAUAUAACAAGUACAUAAAUUAAGGCUUUAUUGUACGAAUAAUUUUAUGGCCGAGCGAGGCUAUUAAAUAAUGAGUCAAUAAAGCCAGUUUAUGAUGUAAGCGUUGUAUACAUGAUUUUAUGUACGAUUACGAGUGGUUUUUGUUAAAAAUUAAAAAAAUUUAAUGAAAAAAGUAAAAUUCGCGUAUACCUGUUUCACCUUGUCAGGUAGUCCAGAUAGGCAAUAAAGUAGCACUUUAUUUUAGUAGUAAAAUAAAGUAGCACUUUAUUUUACUAGUACAAUAAUGUGCUACUUUAUUGACGCAAAACUGUUCUAUAAAUAGCACUUUAUUGAUCAAUCGGACAUAAAUGUAUUAUUUGAAGAUAAAAUAAAUUUAAUUAUCCAUGCGCUGCAGUCAAUAAAUUGCCACCAGGUCCAGUUCUCUAUGGUCCAGUCCAUAGUGGAAUGUGAUGUGAUAUGUCAUUGGAAAAAUAUCUGUUACAGACAUAAAGGAGAUUCAUGAAGGAGGAAAAAUAUAUCAAAACUAAAAACAACCGCAGCAAGAAAUAAUAUGUGAAUAUGAAUAAAGUGAUGAAGAACAUACUUAUAAGGAAACUAAUAAAUUAAAAUUCUAUUGAUAAAAAAGACAAAUUAUGUAACCGAAUUACGAAAAUCAAAAUAUUCUAAUAGGUACCAUAUAUGUUGUUAGGCGCUCAGCCGGAUUCCAAGAUAUGUAAUUAUCUGCGCGUCCUGUAAACAAUUCGGAGAAUUCUAUUCAAGUAGGGCGCCAGGUUUUUCUAGAUAAAUCCUGAGUACACUAUUUGCCAUAAAUAGCGUGAAGUAGUAUUGCUUAAGUGAGUUCAUAGAUAGUCAUUUGUAUGUUUCGAUAAGUGAUAAGUAGGUAAAUUUUUGUAAAAAGUCAAUUAGUUCAAUAAAAGUUGGGACUGUUUGUAAAUGAGUGUGUUUAAGUUUUAAGUGAACCCGAAAUCCAUGACAAUUUGGUGUCGCUCACAAGCGCAUUUUCUUAAAAACUCUACAAACUUCUAUAGAAUUCUAUUUGGAGUUCAGCAAAUCUCGAGUCGGCAGCAGGACUGCGAGUGACGUCACUACUAUCAGCAUCUUAUAGUGGUGACAUCACUGACAGACCUCGAAGGAUUGCUUGCAUUUCAGGCUGUGCUGCUUUUGAACUCGACAUCAAAAAAAGUCCAUAAGUUGUCUAGAACAUCCAUCGUGUUCUAGUUGGAAAUUUUACUUCGCCACGGAACUUCAGAUUCAAAAUCAAGUUUCAAAAAAGAUCCAGAAUACCUACUGUGUGGUAAAUACACGACAGCAAACAGCCGAAAUGGAACAAGUAAAUCAGCAGAUCUGGGCGGACUUCAUGAAGAAUUUGGACGACAAAAGACAAGAAGAAGUAGACCGAAGGCAAAAAGGACAGGACCGGCUUGCAGGCCUUUCUGCAUUUUUACAACAACAAGAAGACCAAAGACAGAGAGAGAAGCAAGAAGAACAGGACCGGCUUGGCUUUCAACCUUUCUACAACAAGAAGAUUGAAAAAUAAAGCAAGAAAAAGAAUAUCGAAGAUUCAUUGUCGAAGACAGAAAGAACAGGACCGGUUUACAGCAUUUUUACAACAACAAGAAGACCGAAGACAGAAAGAAAAACAACAAUAAGAAAGAAGAAGAAGACCGACCGAAAACAUAAUAGGUCGC